UACGCCCCACAGGCCCCGCACCCUGCAACGCCCCCGGCCAAGCUCCUGCUGCCCCUCCCUGCUCCUUCCAGAUGCCGAAUCUGCUGGUGCUGGCACUGCCCCUCCUGGUGCGCCUGGUCCACGCGACCCCUGCCCCAGGCCGGGCCCUGCAGCGAGCAGGCAUCGUGGGGGGACGGGAGGCCCCAGGGCACAAGUGGCCCUGGCAGGUGAGCCUGCGAUACAGCGCCCAGUACUGGCAGCACAUCUGCGGGGGCUCCCUCAUCCACCCCCAGUGGGUGCUGACCGCAGCCCACUGCGUCGGACCGGAAGUCCAAGACCCCGCAGACCUCAGGGUGCAGCCGCGGGAGCAGCACCUCUAUUACCAGGACAAGCUGCUGCCCGUCAGCAGGGUUAUCGCCCACCCCAACUACUACGCAGCCCAGGACGGGGCCGACAUCGCCCUGCUGGAGCUCGAGGACCCCGUGAACAUCUCCAGCCACGUCCACCCGGUCACCCUGCCCCCUGCCUCCGAAACCUUCCCCACGGGGACUCGGUGCUGGGUGACGGGCUGGGGCAACGUGAACAGGGGAGAACCCCUGCCACCGCCAUUUCCCCUGAAGCAGGUGAAGGUCCCCAUCGUGGAAAACAGCGUGUGUGACAUGAAAUACCACAGUGGCCUGUACACAGGAGACAACAUCCCGAUCGUCCGGGAUGACAUGCUGUGUGCCGGGAAUAGCAAGAGGGACUCCUGCCAGGGCGACUCUGGAGGGCCCCUGGUCUGCAAGGUGAAUGGCAUCUGGCUGCAGGCGGGCGUGGUCAGCUGGGGCGACGGCUGUGCUCAGCCCAACCGGCCGGGCAUCUACACCCGAGUCACCUACUACCUGGACUGGAUCCACCAGUAUGUCCCCGAGGAGCCCUGAGCCGGGUCCCCAGAGCUGCCACCUGGGUCGGCGGAGAAGCGAGCCCCCUCCCAGCCCCACGCCGCUGCUUCCUGCCGAGGUGGUGUCUUUCCCCCACCUUCCCUGGCCCCCUGCCCUGAGCAUCCCCUGCUCUGAGCCCCACCCCCUGCUGACCACCCCCCGCCCUGACCCCCCUGCCCCGAGCCCCCUCCCCACCCAGCCCAGGGAGCGGGCAGUGGGCACUAAUGCUCAUUAAAGAGCGUG